UCUCUCUCUCUCGCGUGCACUUUCUCUCUCUCUGUGCUCCACUUCCUGUGUUGCUCCAUCAUAAGGACUAAGACAUAUAAGUCUGGAAACAGAAUUUACCUGAUUUGGAGUGCAGCACUGGUGGGAGCCCCCCAGACCAGCUGUGAAGGAUGUCUUCUGUCAUCACGGACGACGGGACGGUGAUCAUCACCCAAGUCUACCCUCGCGGCAAAGGCGUGGGAGCCAUCGCAGAGCCGCAGUUGCAGCACAAAGAGUCCCCCAUCCGGAAGUUUCUGCGAGGAGAGCCCAAAGCCUUGGGGGCUGUCCAGAUCAUGAUUGGAGUAUUCAUGUUCGCCACUGGGAUUGUAAUGUCUUUUGACCAUGCUGUGUCAGUGUAUGUGGGAGCUCCAUUUUGGGGGGGUAUACUGUUUAUUUCCUCAGGAUCUGUCUCUGUGUCAGCGGAGAAGUAUCAGACCAGGUGUUUGGUCAAGGCUGCCCUCGUCCUCAAUAUUUUAGGUUCAGUUGUGGCAGGAUUCGUAUUCAUUGCGUACUGCUUCGGCCUUCUCCUUGAUACAUUCCACAGCAGAUCGGAAUUAAAACCUGGAUUAAAUUCGAUAAUGAUGAUUUUAUCAUUGCUGGAGAUGAUCAUUACAAUAUCUACUUCAGGAUUUGCAUGCAAAGAAUUAUGCAGCCCCAGCCAAUCGCACAUGCUUAUCGUCCAGCAUGUCACCAGCUCUCAGUUCAAGUCUCAGGACAGCAGUGACAAUCCUUACAAGGCGCUGGUGGACGUGGACGAAACAGCCUCCGUCAUGACAGCCCCUGCAGAGUAACCCCACCAUUCAACACCCUUCAGGAGCACAGCCAGAUACACCAACCCAGUCACGUGCUGCCAUUUCCAUAUAUACCAUUUUAUCCUUCAUAUUCUCAUCUGAAAACUACUAAUUAUGUUGUGCUGCCAUACUUUCAGAAGUUCACAGAAGUGGGUAACUAAUAUUUUUUCUCCAAAUGCAUUAAUGUUGCAUUAACUGUUACUGAUAUUGUUUUAUAUACACUGCACUGGAAAUAACAUUUGCACGUCUUGUUGUAUUUUCUGGCUUGUUAUAUUAAUAGUGUUUGCUCCAAAUGCAUUUAUAUUG